GUUUCCAACACUUGGUUUUCAUUUUGGAGAACUUUGGUUUUUGACAUCGGUUUUCGGCGUUGGCUGCCAAACCAUGGUUCUGGCAAACCAUCCCGACAUGCAUGUCAGAAAUCCCAACAGCGAUGUCGGCCUUCAGAAGCCCUGGGCACUUUUUAGAGCCAUUUCUUGAGGAAUUGAGUGUGUUCUUGAUCUAAAUUAGUUUACUCAUAUUCUACUCUUUAAGAGAGUUUUUGUUCUUGAGUGGUUAAGUGUUGUGAACACUUUAAGGGAGGGAUGGUCUUUUACUGGUGGUUGCAUCAGGUAGAAAUACAAUAUCAAUUGCAAGCUCCUUUAAAAGAUUGGCAUCUGAAAAUUAACGUGUUUGUUAUCCAGCGGAGCAGACCUUGCAAAUAUGGUGUAGACCUUGCCAAGCAGAUAACGUCUUUGCACAAUAUUCUUGAGAGAUGUGGCAGUGUAAGAAUAAGUUUCUCCAGGCAGACUCCUGAAAAGGCUAACCAUCUUCAGAAACUUCGUUCAACGACACAUGUAGCCACCUUGUUUGCUACCUUGCUGCUCUUCCAUGCAUGCUGUUCACCAUCUCACCUACCUCCGGACAUAACUCCUUGUGCUAGUCAUGCAAACUGAAGACCCUGUGUUGUGCAAACUGUCAGUUUCAAGAGGGUGAACUGAUUGAUCAUGAGGUUUUGGUGCUUCUAUGCGGAUUGUGUUUAGGUUCACUCAACUACUGCUGUGUAUAUAUAACAUUGUUUCUUUUGUCAUGUGAUUGUGUUUUUCAUGAAUAUACAUGUUUGGGGAUGACAGGGCAACAUUAAAUGUUUUUCAUUUUGUAGUGAAAUCCUGAAUUGCGACUAAGAAAGAAUUGAGAAUGGU